AUGUUGAGAUCCAUUGCUAGAUCUUCUUUAUUGAAGAGAUCCAUUUCUACUACGGUAGCUCCAAAACCAGAAAUCACAGAAUUGUCUAACGGGAUUAUUGUUGCUACUGAGGGUAACCCUGCUUCUCACACAGCUUCUGUUGGUGUUGUGUUUGGAUCGGGUGCUUCUUCCGAGAACCCAUACAACAACGGUGUAUCGAACUUGUUUUCUACGGCUUUCAAGAGCGCUUACGGUGCAGAAGCGGCUAAAAGUGGAUAUAGUUUGACCUCUGCCGUUGACAGGGAGUACCAGUCCUAUGUUGUGAACACCACCGCUUCUGGCGUCAACAAGGCCCUAGACUUCCUACAAGACAAGUUGUCCAAGCCGCUAAGCGAUUCUGUAUUCCUAGAGGCUAAAUCCAAGACGAUCAAAGCUGUCAAUGCCUUUGAGGAGAAUGAGCAUGCUGAGCGUGUGAUGGAGCACUUGCACGCUACUGCGUUCCAAAACACCCCAUUGAGCUUGCCAAAGAGAGGUACUGAGGAAUCUUUGAGCCUUUUGGAAAACUCUGAUCUUCAAUCCUUCCUAAAGCACCACUUUGUUUCUUCCAACGCCGUCAUUGUUGGUAGCGGUAAUAUCUCUCACGAAUCUUUGCUAAGAGCUGUUGAGUCACAAGUUUCGCUGUCCUCUGGCAGCAAGGUGGAGUCUAAGCCAUCGUCCUUCUUGGGUUCUGAAAUCAGACUAAGAGAUGACACUUUGCCAAAGGCUUGGAUUUCCAUUGCCGCUGAAGGUGAGCCAGUCACUUCUCCAAACUACUAUGUUGCUCAAGUUGCUGCUGAGGUGUUUGGUACCUACAUGCACACUGAGCCAGCCUCCAAGUUACAAGGUGUUAAGUUGUUAGACACUGUGUCAGAAUCGCAUUUGGCUGAUUACAUGGAACACUACUCUCUAUCCUACAAGGACUCCGGUCUAUUUGGUUUCUCUGCUAUCACUACCAACUUUGGGCAAAUCGAUGACUUGGUCCACUUUACAUUGAAGCAAUGGAACAGGUUGUCCAUUUCUAUCACAGAGACUGAAAUCGCUCGUGCUAAGAAGUUGUUGAAAUUGAAGUUGGCUACUGCUAACUCUGACAACGCGACUGCUGCCAUCAGAUUAGGUGCUCAGACGUUGGCUCGUGGUGCUAGCCCAGCUUUGUCUGAAGUUUUUGCCAAGAUCGACAGUGUAAACGUUGCUAGUGUCAAGAAGUGGGCUAAUGCGAGAUUGUGGGACCACGAUGUUGCUGUUUGUGGUACCGGUCAAAUCGAGGGCUUGCUAGACUACAUGAGGAUCAGAAACGACAUGUCCAUGAUGAGAUGGUAA